AUGGCUUCUCAGUACUCUUCCAACGCCCCUCUCCCCCAGGGCUUCUCAGUCUACCAGCCUCAGCUUGGCGCUCAGCUUCAGUUCUUCCCUGCUCUUGGCUCACAAGAGCUUGAUGACAUGAUGAACGCCUACAUUCCGGGCCCGGCCGCUCUUAAGGAGAAGCGAGCAACCAUCUCGCUCGACUUCUUGGAGCAUUCGCAGCUCACUGGUCAGACGUUCAAGUUUUACCCCGUUUACUACUCAACUAGCCCUGUCGCCGCCUCUCCAGUCAACUCAAUCGCCACCUCUUCUUUCAACACAUCUCCAGUCAACUCGACACUGGAUUGGAGUCAGGCAUCCGCCUCUCCCUCAGUGUCUUCUCGCUCCUCCAUUUCCAAGAGCCGCAGAACCUCCAAGUCUAACAACAUGGUCGCUCGCUAUUCUGCGAUCGACCUUUCAAACCUGCCUGGCAUGAAGAUCAUGACCAAGGAUGGUGAAGAUGUUACAGAUUCUGCCUCUCGAGGUUCCAAGACAAAGGAGCAACGUGAUCACGCACAUCUCAUGCGCAUCAUCAAGGCCUGCGAUAGCUGUCGACGGAAGAAGAUUCGCUGCGACCCCGACCACAAGAAGCGUUCAGCCUCUCAAACCCAGCCUCAAUCUGCAACAAAGGCAGCAAAGAAGGCACGCACAUCACCACCGGCAGUGGCCACACCAACACCUCAGAAACCGGUGGCUGCUGGUGUUUCAAUUUCUAAAUUAGACGAUAAUCCGGGCAGACCAAUGUCACUCCUUGGCAUUGACCCUACCUUUACAUUUGCUGGCUUGGACAGCUUCGAGUCCACUGACCAGAUCACCGAGUCGUGGGAAGAAUUCAUUCAGUACCCUCCUGCCGAUGUGGAGGACAACUACGACUUCUUCCUCGACCCCCAGGGCUACUUCUCCUCCUCCCAAUCCUCUGCUUCCUCCUCUUCUGCCUCGCCUUCCAAGGUGCUUACGCCAGCGUCGCAGCAAGAUCUACUGGCCGUUUCUGGCCUUGAGGAGGGUGAGAGAAUGUCGUCACAAUCCACCUCACCACAACUUCCGUUUAUGCAAGACAACUACGCCGGCUCUGCUAGCAGCUACACCGACUUUAACCUCUUUUCGCCUUCGUCCACCUUUUCCGAGGAUGACCGCAUGGUUCCGAUUUCGUCCACGCGGACGCUCAGCCCAAGUCAGCCGUCGGCUUCAGGAUCUGAAACUGCCUUCUUCGACAGCUUCGAUCCAGAUGGCCAUACGCUUGCAACUGAUUGGAGCGGCACGAGCCAGCCAGUAUCUCCUUUGGAGACUGGCGGCCUUGUUGCGGCUGCCAACACGAGCCUGCCGUGGUAUGAUCCGGGUCACAACGCAGUAGCGAACCCUGAUCAGGAUUCACGCGACGGUGUCAGCGCGAUAGCUUCCACAGGCUGGGUAGGCGGUGUUCGUAUAGCCAAUCCGCCGGGUGGUUCUCUCCUCGUUACGAUGGAGUCUGGAAAUGGCAUGGAAGUGAUUGCGAAUAGCGGCACAUCAGUUGAUGUUACCACAAGCCAACCAGCAAGCACCGCACUGCAGUUCCGCGGCGACAUACAAGAAGAAUCAUUGUAUGACACAUCGCCAACCGAGCAUGGUAGAAUCGCAAGUGAAACACCAGCUCGUUAUUCAUCUUGGUUAUCACCCGGCCAAGCCGACAACUUCCGAAUCGUAUGUCAUGCCGCAAUCACAGCUACCGCCGCUCUCUUGACGACUAACAUGGCCAAGCAGGAACUCACGAGCGAACGUUCUGUCGCGUCCGCGUCCGCGCCCUCUUCGCUGGCGACCGCCACGAACCGUCCAGUCCGGUUCUCGACGGGCUCGGAAGAGUCACUCGCAAGGGUAUGCGAUGCCACUGAGCUCACAAAGCCCCGUUCGGCCCAGCUAACUCUCUUCAAGGCCCAAACCGAAUUUGCCGCCAACCGCAGUGUGAUUCCUGGUGUUUCCCCUGGCGUUUCGCCUGGCGGAUUACGAGCAUCAUUUGGUGAAUCCAAUGCUCUACUGGCAACCGCACACGCAACUGCCGGCGAGGAUACUACGGUUCCUGCCUCCUCUACAGCCCUUGCUUGGCCUCAUAUUUCGGAUGUUAGGACUCCUGAGAUUCUCAGGAAUCGCAGCGGCCUGCCUGCUCAGCAACCAAGCGGCGAAGUCAAUGUGCACCAGCAGUCGUCGGCGUCUCGGAGCGACGAUGGAAUUCAACCAUUGUCGCCCCUCCUCCUGCAAGCGAUAUCGCCCAUGGAGGAUGUUCGCGCUGCUGAUGAACGUGCUGCUUUGGUUACGAGCAAGCCUAGCGAGUUCUCGCUUCGCCAAGUCCAACCUACACAAGCCGCUGCUGCGAUGUUGGCCGCCACUCUUGUUGGCGCUACGUUCGCUGGCAUGCUUGGGCUUUCUGCCGUUUUCUCUUUCGCUUCCCUUAUUCUCGCGAUGAGAUCCGUCCUUGAACGUCUUGCGACUCCUAGUGGAGUCAAGGCAACCUUUGCGUCGGCAUCAUCGACAAUGUCAAGUUCAAGAUCCAAGGACAGUGUCUACCCUUGGGCGGGCCCUUCCCUACGGAAACACCAACCUUUGGGUUCACGAGACAGGAUGUCUUGUCUCGCUCCCCGUUUCUCUUCUUUCCUCAAUGGAGCCAUCGGCACGGCCUUGGUAGCUCCUAUGAUGGGCUAG